AUGGAGGGCGCGGCGCAGUCCAUUGUGAGCAAUGUUGGGCAGCUGGUGGCCAAAGAGUUUUGGCUGCUCCGCGGCGUCGGCAGCGAGGUUGUUGAGCUGAGGGACGAGCUGGCAACCAUGAACGCCCUCCUCCUUAUGCAGUCGCAGCAGUCUGAAGACGAUGAGCGUGAAGUGGUGGACCACGUCGUCCGGGAGUGGAUGAAGCAGGUGCGGGAGCUCGCAUGUGACGCCGACGACUGCGUCGAUCUUUACAUAUUCCGCAUCAAGCCCCGUCCCAGCGAGGGCUUCCUCGCCAAGUACAAGCGCCUGCUUACGACCCUUUAUCCUCGCCGUCUGCUCGCCGGUGACAUGAGAGCCCUCCGCUCCCGAGCUAUAGCCAUUAGCGAGCGCCGUGCUCGUUACAGCUCCAGCCGCACCGUACUAGACGCGUAUCCUUCUUCGUCUGUAGACCCGGCAGUGACGAAGCUGUCGGCACAAACGCUUCGCGCUGGCCGUGCCGAUGCCAACGACCCUGAUGAGUUCGUGGGCGUCCUAGAGAGGGCACUGAUCAACAUGGUGGAAGGCGGAAAGGAUGACGACAAGCUUAAGGUUAUCUCCAUUGUUGGGUUCGGAGGGCUCGGCAAAACUACACUCGCCUUCGAAGUUUGCCGGCAGCUGCGGACCAAGUUCCAGUGCCAAGCGCAGGUGUCCGUGUCUCGGGCGUUUGACAGCAGCAAGGACCUGCGGGGGUUGCUGAAACGCGUGCUUCAGCAGAUUUUGAAGGUGAAUGAUAAAGGCAUCGAGACAGAGAAACUGGAUUCCGUGGGUAACAUGGACGGAAUGGAUGUGGAGGUGCUGACCAACAAGCUCAAGGAACAUCUCGAGGGCAAGAGGUACCUGAUUGUGCUCGAUGAUGUAUGGACAGUAGCUGUGUGGGCUGCAAUCCGGUCCAAAUUGCCAGAAAGCACAUGCGGCAGCAUAAUUAUUGUGACAACUCGGAUAGAUAGUGUGGCGCAAGCAUGCAGUGGAGCAAGUGUAUGUGAAGACCACAUAUACCAUAUGGAGCCGCUCAACCCUGAUGACUCGAAGAAGUUUUUUCUAAGGAGAGUAUUUGGUCUCAAGGAAGCUCAUCUCGAGGAAUGCUAUUGCCCAAAGGAAGUGGAACAUGAAAUGUAUUGUGUUUUGAAGAAAUGUAGCGGGCAUCCGUUGGCCAUUGUUAGCAUUGGAAGUCUUUUGGCAAACUAUAGAAGUCCAGAUAGCAAAGAUAUCUGGAAAUACAUUCAUAGAUCAAUGGGUUCACAUAUACAUAAAGUGAACGACCCAACCCCUGAAGGAGUGAGGAGGAUCAUCAUAGUUAGCUUCCACCACCUGCCUCGUGACCUCAGGCGUUGCAUGAUGUAUCUUAGCAUUUUCCCGGAGAAUUAUCUGAUCAGCAAAAACCGUCUCUUGAAAAGAUGGAUUGCAGAAGGAUUGAUACCUGAGAAGCAGGGGCUUACUUUGAUGGAGACUGCUGAGUGCUACUACAACGAGCUUGUGAAUAGGGGCAUGAUUGAUCAAGCUGGCUGCAUAGUUACCUACUGUAAUAGGACGGAUAUGUGUCGGGUGCAUGACAUUAUGCUUGAGGUUAUGGUGUCCAAAUCCCUAGAAGCUAACUUUGUUAGCUUGGUAGGCAUUCAGUAUGAAGCAAUGUCAUAUGAUAUUGUUCGUCGUCUUUCCAUUCAUGGCGCAGAUGGGGCGAAUGGCAUUGAGGGGAUGAAUGUGCAGCAUGUCCGAUCACUGAGCACAUUUCAGUCUGAAGGCCACAAGUUGCUGCUAGAUCAACUAGGAAAGUUCAAGCUGCUGAGGGUACUUGAUCUGGAAAACUGCAAGGACCUAAGAAACAAGCAUUUGAGGUACAUUUGCAAGAUGUACCUUCUUAAGUUCUUGAGCUUGAGGGGUACAGAUAUCAGUAUGAUGCCUCGUGAAGUCUGUGAUCUAGAGCAUUUGCAAACACUUGAUGUCGGUGACACUCUCCUCGACACGCUUCCCAACACAAUGAUAAAGCUGAUCAAACUUGAGCGGCUGAUGUUCUCCAACAGAGAAAGGCUGUUGACCCUAUGGAUACUGCCCAAAGGAAUCUCAAAGAUGAAGGCAUUGCGUGAGGUGAGUAGAGUAGCCAUCGAAAAUGUUGAGGUUGCCAUAGAGAUCGGUGAUCUACAACAACUGGAACAGAUAUUUGUUUAUGUCAACACAAGUUCCAAGCAGGGCAAGGAUAUUAGACGAGAGCUAAACCACUCCCUAAGCAAGACAGCAUACCUUCAGUGGCUCCACGUGGCAGAACUGCAAGAUGUCCACAACAAUGACAUGGACUAUCAUCCCCUGCUGGAUCUUGACAUGCCACCACAGCUUUUGCGGUACCUUAGCUUCGGUGGAUUUAUUCCUCGGAUUCCCGACUGGGUCGGUUCACUUGCAUUUCUUGCCGAGUUCACUAUUUCAGGCACAAAACUUGUUGGCAACCAACCAUUUGAGGUCCUUUGUAAAGCUCGAAACCUGAAUCACAUCACAUUUCAGAUGGAUUUUUACAUUGACAGAGAUCUGGUUGCACGCAGUGCCCACAAGUUUUCUUCGCUCAAGAGCGUAAGAGUCAUCCCUGCUGCUGAAACUCCCGAAAUGUUCAGUUUUGAGGAAGACUCCAUGACAACUCUCGAGAUACUUGAGGUGGACUUCGGAGACUGGCAGAAGAGCAUUGUUGGCAUCAAGCACUUGAAGAACCUUAAACUGGUGCGACUCAGUGGUCGCAGCAAUAAUGCUUCACUGAUGGAAGUAGCGGAAAAGCUGAAAGAAGAGAGUGAUAGACGAGGCAAGUCCGACGACUACAAUCAGCGCCCCUUCACGGUUGGAGUGAGAUACAACUGA